GCACCACUGCACUCCCGCCUGGGCAACUGAGAGCCAGACUCCAUCUCAAAAAAAAAAAAAGAUGGUAAAAAAUCCUUCAUUUAGUACUUAAUUAUAUUUGAUCUGCAGGAUAGGUAUGAGCUUGUGAGUAUUCUCUCUUAGUGUAAUAACAGAAGAUGGGAUUAAUUUUCCCAGUGACCAAUUGUGAGAACACAUGUGAAAUGCUUCCUAGAGUGUUUCUGGGGGCUCAUCAGGUGGGCAGUAUGGGUUACGUGUGUAACAAAAUCUCAAACUCUCGGAAGGUGGGAGACCAGAAAUUUUCGUAUUUUUUCCAUAAAAAGUUUAGGCACUAAGCUACUCUUAUAUAGGUCAUUGGGCUCCUUCCCCAAAUCCAUUUGCCAGAUACCAGGAAUGGAUGUGACGCAGGACAGGUGUGCCCUAAAGUUGGGGCUUAUCCCAGGAUGGUUUCUGGCUUUGCCCAGGGAAGAAUUCAAGGGCAGGCCAAUGGUGUUAGAUAGCAGUCCUUUAUUUAACAGUAUUGGUCUUUGUGGAUCAGUGCUAACUCAUAGGCAGUACACCCAGAGUCAGCAACAUAUGGGCUCUUGGCAACUAUGUUUAUACCCACUUUCAAUUAUAUGCAAAUUAAGGGGUGGGUUAUUUAAAACUUUCUAAGGAAGGAGUGAUAACUUUCAGGUCAUUGCCAUGGCAUUUGUAAACUGUCAUAGCAUUGGUGGGAGUGUUUUAUGCUAAUGAGCAGCGAGAGCCUCUAGAGAUCUCCAUUCUUGUCAUCUGGUUUUGGCCACUUUCUUUACUUUAACCUGCCUGCGCCAGAUCCUGUUUUGGUCAGUAGAGUUGUGAUCAGAAAACAAGUCCUGUUGGUCUCCUACCUCAGAUGAACGUCGUCAGGAGUGAGGAGCCUUUUUUUUUUAAGGGUAAGCAGUCUCAGGACUGCUAGUAUAAACUCUUUUCCUCUCUAGGUGGUAGGACUUUGUUAUGACAGGUUCUCCAGGUCCACUGUACGAGCAGACAUUAGAUGUGACUCAGGCAGCAUGUAUUACUCCUUGGAACCACCACCAAGAAAGAUAUCAGACACUGCUAUUGCUCUACCCAAUAGUUCAAUACUAGUAUGAGAGUUGCUGUGUGGAAGGAAGUGAGUAUGCUGACCAAACAGUGGAGUAAAUGUUUGGAGAGCCCUGAAACGUGAACUUCUUAUGAAUUGAGUAAAGUUCCCCAGCCCUGUCUGUCUCACCCAUUCUCCUCUCCACAUGUGUGGGAUGUUUCAGGACUCGGUGGCCUUUGAGGAUGUAGAUGUGAACUUCACCCAGGAGGAGUGGGCUUUGCUGGAUCCUUCCCAGAAGAAUCUCUACAGAGAUGUGAUGUGGGAAACCAUGAGGAAUCUGGCCUCUAUAGGGAAAAAAUGGAAGGACAAGAACAUUAAAGAUCACUACAAACACCGAAGGAGAAAUCUAAGAAGUCAUAUGUUAGAAAGAUUCUAUCAAAGUAAAGAUGGUAGUCAGCGUGGAGGAAUUUUUAGCCAGUUUGCAAAUCAGAAUCUGAGCAAGAAAAUUCCUGGAGUGAAACUCUGUGAAAGCUUUGUAUAUGGAGAAGUCAGCAUGGGUCACUCAUCCCUUAAUAGACACAUCAGAGAUCACAGUGGACAUGAACCAAAGGAGUAUCAGGAAUAUGGAGAGAAGCCAGAUACACGUAACCAAUGUUGGAAAGCCUUCAGUUCUCACCACUCCUUUCGAACACAUGAGAUAAUUCACACUGGAGAGAAACUCUAUGAUUGUAAGGAAUGUGGAAAAACCUUCUUUUCUCUCAAAAGAAUUAGAAGACACAUUAUCACACACAGUGGAUAUAUACCAUAUAAAUGUAAGGUGUGUGGGAAAGCUUUUGAUUAUCCCAGUAGAUUUCGAACACAUGAAAGAAGUCACACUGGAGAGAAACCCUAUGAAUGUAAAGAAUGUGGAAAAGCCUUCACUUGUAUCACAAGUGUUCGAAGACACAUGAUAAAGCACACGGGAGAUGGGCCUUAUAAAUGUCAGGUAUGUGGGAAACCCUUUCAUUCUCUGAGUUCAUUUCAAGUACAUGAAAGAAUUCACACUGGAGAGAAGCCCUUUAAAUGUAAGCAAUGUGGUAAAGCCUUCAGUUGUUCCCCAACCUUAAGAAUACAUGAAAGAACCCAUACUGGAGAGAAACCUUAUGAAUGCAAGCAGUGUGGGAAGGCCUUCAGUUAUCUCCCCUCCCUUCGACUACAUGAAAGAAUUCACACUGGCGAGAAGCCCUUUGUAUGUAAACAAUGUGGUAAAGCCUUUAGAUCCGCCAGUACUUUUCAAAUACAUGAAAGGACUCACACUGGAGAGAAACCCUAUGAAUGUAAGGAAUGUGGGGAAGCAUUCAGCUGCAUCCCCAGUAUGCGAAGACACAUGAUAAAGCAUACUGGAGAAGGACCUUACAAAUGUAAGGUAUGUGGGAAACCCUUUCAUUCUCUGAGUCCGUUUCGAAUACAUGAAAGAACUCACACUGGAGAGAAACCCUAUGUAUGUAAACAUUGUGGUAAAGCUUUCGUUUCUUCGACAUCAAUUCGAAUACAUGAAAGAACUCACACUGGAGAGAAACCCUAUGUAUGUAAACAUUGUGGUAAAGCUUUCGUUUCUUCGACAUCAAUUCGAAUACAUGAAAGAACUCAUACUGGAGAGAAACCCUAUGAGUGUAAGCAAUGUGGGAAAGCCUUCAGUUAUCUCAACUCCUUUCGAACACAUGAAAUGAUUCACACUGGUGAGAAACCCUUUGAAUGUAAGCGAUGUGGUAAAGCCUUUAGAUCUUCUAGUUCCUUUAGACUACAUGAAAGGACUCACACUGGACAGAAACCCUAUCAUUGUAAGGAAUGUGGGAAAGCCUAUUCUUGCCGUGCCAGCUUUCAGAGACACAUGUUAACACACGCUGAAGAUGGACCACCUUAUAAAUGCAUGUGGGAAAGCCUUUAAUGCUCUGGGUUCAUGUCAGAUACAUUAAAAUACUCACUGAAGAGAAGCCCUAUGAAUGUAAGUAAUGUGGGAAAGCAUGAAAUUCUGUUGGUGCCUUUUUUAAUACAUGAAAGAGAGAAUUCUGGAGAGAAGCCAUAUAAAUGUAAGUAACAUGGGAAAGCUUUCAAUCAUUUUAGUUCCUUUCAAAUACAGGAAAUAACUCAUCACGGAGAAGACCGAACAAAUGCUUUUUGGAAGGGAACCCGUAUUUGAGAGAAAUCCUGUGGAAAGAGUGUAGGAAAGGUUUUAUCAUCAUACAAUCCUGUCACACAUUGAAUGCAUAGUGGAGAGAACCCUGGUAAAUGUAAAGUGUGGGAGAGCCUUUAGUCAUUUUAGUUCCACUUGAAGCCAUGAAAGAACACACAGAGGAGAGAAAGCUCUUGAAUAUAAGCAAUGUCCAAACGUUUUUAACCAGCCUACAUUUUCAACAACAUGUAAGAAUGCACUCUGGAUCAAAACACUAUAAAUGUGAAAACCACGAGGAAGGUUUUCCAUUAUAAUAUACUUUUAAAGUCAUUUGAGGGCUCUGUGGCUUCGUGGAUUAAAGUACUUGUCUGGCAAACAGGAGAUGCUGGGUUUCAAUCCCAGCAGGGCCUCAUUAGUUGAGGUAUUGAAUUUGAACAGGUGUUUCAGCUCUGGCUGGGUGUGGUGGCUCACACCUGUAAUCCCAGCACUUUGGGAGGCUGAGGCAGGAGGAUCACUUGAGGUCAGGAGUUUGAGAUGGAGUUUCAAGUGUGCAAAACAUAGCAAGACCUCAUCUCAAAAAAAAAAAAAAAGUCAUUCAAAGACUUAUAAUAUAGCAAAAUCCUAUAAAUGUAAGUACUUCAAAAAGCCUAAUGCAUAGCAGGUCAUGUAGUCUCUAGAAAAUACAUAAUAACCUGAUGGAAAUGUAGAAGCUAUAUGUAUAUUUUGUUAAUUAGUGGCUCAUAUUUAAAAUAGUUCUCUAUGGAUUUCAAAUGCUUAAUCUCACAAAUAAAUGUUAAGUUGAUAUAAUCCUGUAAGUAAUCUGAAAGCAAUAGUGCAUGAAUUUCAUAAGUAGUAUUGUUUUAGGUCAGUAAUUAAAAUAUUUGUCUUUCCAUUUUGAAAUGUGUUUAAUCCAACGAUGAAUUUAAAUGUGUUUCUUAUAUUCAGGUCUGUUAAAUUGUAUAUGGUUGCUUAAUUGUUCUGUGAUUGAGGACCACUGAAAAAUAAGUCUUAAUAAAUGUUAGUAUGAACCUA